UUGCAUAUCAACUUUGUGUUCAGAUCACUUCAUCACAGACACAUCGGGUUCAAGCAACGUGCUUCUCAAAUCAUUCUACGGGUACCGGCAGCACAUAUUCGACGCAUCAAAGAAACAGAGGGAAUCGGAUCGAUUAGUCGCGAAACUCAGCACUUCUCACAGACGACGACCAUGCACGGUCCUAAGCGUAUCUACCAGGGCAAACGGUUUUCGACUCACUUCUGGGUUCUUAUGAUGCUCGUUUCCGGAAUUUUAUUCAUUUUUCAAGUUGCAGAACUCGUAUCCAUGUAUCUCAGCAAACCCAUUGUAUCACAGGUAUCAUUUUUAAUAAACGAUGAGGGUAUGGAUUUCCCUUCAGUGACCUUAUGUAACUUCAACCCAAUUAGAAAGUCUUAUAUCAAACAUCUCAAUGCGACCGGUGAUUUUUCCAAUGAACUUCUUGAAUACUUACUGCAAUCGCUCAUGGACACACAAGCCCUCUACAGUAAUGCUGAUCGAGCCGAAUUGCAUGUCGGUGAUCGAGCAUUACAAGUCUACCAAGAGCAACAUCCCAACUUCACAAUUGGUGACUUCUUUGAGGAGGCAGGCUUCAACUGUACGGAAACCAUGAAGUUGUGCUCAUUUGGUGGUCGACAGUUUGAUUGUUGCAAAUUUAUGGAGCCACGAUUGACUAAUCUCGGGAAAUGUCACACACUGGAUAUGCGAAAUGCACGGGAAUGGAUGCAAAAGCAGACAGUGGCUGGUGCGAAUGCGGGACUUCAAAUUAUUCUUGAUACACACAUGGAAGAACAAUUCGACGAGACCGGAGACGAUGCGGAUGCAAUCUUCUCAAAUGCUUUCGAAAACGGCUUCCGCUACUAUGUUCAUGCGCCAGACACGAUACCGUAUCUGGUGUCCGAGGGUAUCAGCGUCUCGCCAGGAUCACGAGUCUAUUCAGCUAUCUCUACACAUACGUACGUUCUGCUCCCGUCCGAUAAUUGGGGAAACUGUAGUAACAAGUGGCCGCAAUCGUAUCACACCGACUUGACUUAUUCGUCAGUGAAUUGCGAAUCACUUUGCAAGAAAGGGGUUUUUCGAACAGAGUUGACGAGCAUCAAGCGUUUUCUCUCAUUAGUCAUCCAUCUACUACAUUUUGUGACUUUUAUCCUCAAAUAUAUUUUAAUAUACAGGAGCAACUUCCUAACGGUGAACGUUUUCCAUCGGGAUAUGGCUCACACCGAAUACAGACAAGUGAAAUCUACGUCAGUGACAGAAAUUCUCAGUGACAUCGGUGGUAACAUGGGCAUGUUCCUGGGUAUGUCACUGAUCACCGUCACUGAGAUCAGCCUGUUCAUAUCGAAAAUCGCAUGGAUCGCUUUCUCCAAACGAAGACGAGACUACCUCUUCAACAAGAAGAAAAGAGAAAUUGUAAGUUCCAAGGGUCAGGUGGCUUCCGUUGAUGAGCUAAGACUGUUUCGGGUUAACAAGUUUAGGAAAGUAAUUCUGUCCGUUUUAAGGAAGAGAAGAAACAACUGGAAGAGACGGUUUCGGUACACUUUACGCUGGAGAUGA